UGUGCAGACAAAUUCAAGAAGAGGGAGUACCUAGCUCCAGACAUGGCCUCCAUCUUGAAGGCCACUUCUACUGCAAAUGCGAGGCCUCUGAAGCCUGGGUUCAGUGGAGCAAAGGAAGUUCGAGGCAGGGUUGAGCGCCUGUCGAAGGACUGCACUACCAGGGCCUUGGAGGAGGCAUCUACUCAGAGGCCAGAGAAGCCUAAGGAGCCUCGGGGUAAGGAGAAAGUCUCUGAAGAGACUAAGAAGAGGAAGCUGGUGCACAUCUCCAGCUCAGCUGGCAAGUUUGGGACUUCAGUGUCCCAUAGGGCAGAACAAACUGGAGAGCCGAAACUUCUUGCUGCAACCUCUAAGGCCAUCAAGAUGGAGAUGGUAAGAGAGGUGGAGGCCGAAGAGGCAGCAAGGCGAGCUGCAGAAGCCGUCGAAGAGAAGGCGGCGAAGGAGAAGCCGGUUCGGGAGAAGGGGAAGUCUCCAAACUUCCUAGCUGGGAGGGAGGAUGAGCUGGCCCCCGCCUUGGUGGAGGCUCUCCUUGAGGAAAUUAGAAGUGUCACCGAGAGCUUUUACAAGUUCUGGACGGAGAGGUGGCAGCUUCAUGCCUCGUCUUGUGAUGCCACCGACCUCACAAGGGCACCGGUGAGCCAAAGCGCCCGGACCUUCGGCCUCGCGCUCAAAUGCAGGGAGGCAUUAAGUGAAUUCCAGACAAAGACUCACGCCUCGGAGGGGAAGGCUGCCUCCCUUGCAGACGAGGUCAAAGCUGCUAAGGCCGAGGCUGAAGAAGCCAAAGCACAGAGGGUUGAAGAAGCGGCGAAGCUCGAGUCUGCUUUGGUCCAAAUUGAGGCCCUAAAGAGGGAAGUAUACGAGUCACAGUGCGAGGUGGCCUCCUUGACAAAGAAGGUGGAGGUCUCCAAUGAGCACCAAAAGGUGACUGCUGAGGCUCUUGAGCAGGCGAAUCUCUCCUUGGCCGGUGCUCGAGAUGCCUAUCAGUUUCUCGAAGGCCAGGCGAAGUGGUAUAUGAACGACGCCUCGGUUGCCAGAGAAGAGGCCCGAACUGCCGCGGAAGAGGCGGUGAAGGCAUACAUCGCCAAUUUCCACACUACAGAGGAGUAUAAAAGCUUCAGCGCGUACUGGAGGAACUUCGCCUAUGCCGAAGUGCUGGAGAGGGCAGAGGAGCUUUAUCCCAACUUGGACCUUGCACAACUUAGGUCCGAAUUUGUGGAUGAGGUUCCUCAGACCCCAGCUGAGGAGGUGCAAGGUGACGAGGCAGCUGAUGCUGAAGCCCCAAGUGCUGAGGCAGAGGAGGCAACUACUGAUGCCCAAGUUGCUAAACCCCCAAGUGCUGAGGCGCGUCCUCCAUCUCGCCAGGCUUAGAUUAGGUUUUCCUUUUCAGUACUUUGUGUAAUGGCCAGAGGCCCUCCUUUGUAAUCCCUUUUGAAUAUUAAUAUAAUGUUUUUCUUCAUUCAUUGUUGUUCUUUACCCAAGUUUUUGUGCCUUGUUAAACAAGCGAACUAGAAGUUGAUUAGAGCACGAACUAAAUAACUUUAACUUGGUACCCUGACAUUAAUCAGUCAACUGUUGGAGCCUCGGACUUAAGCAAAUGAACAUAACUUAAGGAGAUGAACUCUUGG